CAUAACAUACGGAGCCGCGCUGGGAGUCGAACGUGAGUCGCCGACAACCGAGCCCUUGCUGCCACGUGGUCCCCCCCGACCACUUUAAGUUUACACAGGCUGAGGGAGUAGUAGUCAGUAGUGAUCAGGAGAGGGGCCGGUAGACACGCAGUCGCUCCCGCAGGAACUAACUCGCUGAUCAUACAGUUUGGUGUCGACAGCUUACGAGUGGCACUCCGUAUUCCUCCAGCUCGUAGUUGCGAGUGUCAGUGGUCAAGUAGCUCGUAUAUUAUCCCUCUAAUACUAUACGCUCUCAAGAUAGUAUUGACUGGCAGUGUGAAGGCAUCGUUUGAACAGCUAGCAUGGCGUACCAGGACAGGAUGAUGGGAGCAGCCCGCGAUGAUUUGGGGGCCAUGGGCGGCGGGGGCGGGGGCGGCGUGGGUGACCGGGGCCGCCGCCCACACCGCCACCCGCCCAGCGCCGAGGUAGAGGCCGAAAUGCGCCUGUAUCUCGACAAGUUGAGAGAAAUCGUGCCGCACAUCCCCAAGAACCGCAAGGUGACGAGACUCGAGCUCAUCCAACACGUGAUUGACUACAUCUGUGACCUGCAGCACGCCCUCGAGGACCACCCGGGCCUCAAGGAUGAGCCAGGCGCCCGUUUCCUAACGCCGCCCACCUCGCCACACCACCUGCAGCAGCAGCUACAGCAGCACCUGCAGCACACGCCCCCACACGUCCUACCUCACCCCACAGCGUCACAUCUCCUCUCACCGCUGUCCCCGCUCGGCUCCAGCAGACAACCUUUGGGAGUCCUCUCUGCCACCAACACUCUCCAGACCUCAACGAUGCGACGAGACGUGACCAAAACCAGCAGCAGAAUGAACGGACCAAUAUCGCAUACGCUGCCGGGGAGCACGUGAGUCCCGCAGCCUGCCUUGCUUACCUCAAGCCCUCGCCGCCCCCUGCACCACCGUCUGCCGCCUCGCCUCACCUCCCCCACGGGCGCCAGGGCCUCCCCCACGGGCGCCAGGGCCUCCCCCAUGGGCGCCAGGGCCUCCCUGGGGCCCAGCAGCAACCAUCUGGCAGAAGCGUCAGGGUACACGCCUCACCUGGCUUCGAGUACUACAUACACAAAUUCUGCCCUGCUGGUGGCGUGUUUGCCGAGGAAAUUCCACAAAGUAGCCAGCAUUGGGAGUGCAGUCAUUUGGUUGACCAUCCUCUCAAUUGCCGUUUCAAUGAACAAUUCCAAGUUGUAAAGAUAUAUUUUUACUUUUACGGUGUUACAAAUAUCCCCCCACCACCCCAAAAUAAAGACAAUGGAUGAUCAGGUCCUGGGAGGUGCAGAGCGACACAAUCUCGUCUCGCCUGUUAAUAUAUUGUUGUUAGACUUUUAUGUUAGUAGCAAUACGACACGGGCCGUGUGGGGACGCACUAAACCUGUCAUCAAUCUUGUAUGUUCCUGUACUUCAUUAUUCCUGUUUCUUCAUAAUCUUGUACGCUUGUGUGCCACGAUGAUCUUUAAAUACACACCAUGAACCAAAAUGUAAUACACACAACCAAAACAUGACUAAACAGGUUGUGUGUGAGUGGGUGGGUGAAUGAGUGAGAUGUAUGAGGGUCCGUUUAUUUGUUUCAACUUGGCAGAGCAGCUGACAUGUCCUUUUGGAGGGAGGGAGGCAUUCCACACUCUGAAAAAUUCGCAUUUCAGCAAUGAAGAUUAGCGACUGCCUUUCCAGUGUUGUUUUGUAAACUAUCCAAUCGAGAGAAGAAGCCUUGCUACACGGAAGUGUUAAGUGGCGAGGACAUCUCUACCAUGACUUUCUCAACAUGAUCAGGUCAUGUGGGAUAAGCCCCUUCUCCGUGCCUCCCUCCCCCAGGUCGUCUGGCUCUCCCCGGCCACAUGGCCCACAACUGUCUCUUGCUGGUGCGAGGCAAAACAAGACUACAGUUGGGUGGACGGUGACACAUGGAUGCCGUCUGCUUCACCUACCGUUGGGGCCACAUGGCCGGCUUCUACUUUUGUCUACAUAGACACCUGCUGGUUCGCCUCUCUCGGCGUAAGAGGCACCCCCCGCUUCUUGCCCCUUCCUCGCUCCCUCUACAACAUACGACAGUCAUACAUCAAACUUUAAUCAUUUUCCUUGAUAUUCUAGUGUAUAGAACCAAUCUUGUCACAUCGAUACCUGUUUUUCCUUUGUGUCAGCUUUUUCUGUCUAUCAAGUCCCAACAGCUAAAUAGCAUAAGGUGGACCUGUUUCCAUCGUCCACGUUAUAUAUGGGAACUUGCUUUUCUUAUCCCUCCAAGUACGACACAUGGGGGACUAAUAAACCACUGGGGAAGCCAGAGCCAGGAGGCCAUAUGGUUGCCAACUGGCGGACGCGAGGUGCUGCUGCCGUGGACCGGACAGAUGGCUCUCCAGGGCGUCAGGUCCACAGGGAGGAGGUUCACUAAGGCGCUGCAUGUGGCUCUCCUACCAACCCCCCUCUCCACCCUUCUGCCCUCAACCACCAUCAUCAUACAUCCCUAAAAUAAAGUUCUCCACCCCUUAAUUAAAAAACAAUAACCGUAAAACGAAUAUUUUUAUAUGGAAGUUCUUGUAAUUUGUUAAUAGUGAACAUAUUGCCUCGCUACUAGCCAUGACAGCACCAAAUGACAAUUCCGCCUCGCACUAACAGUUAGGGUGAACACAUGGCCCAAGUCCACGUCUCAUGCUAUAACUGCAAUGUGUGUAUUUAAAGAUCAUUGUUUCCUAAUUCUUUAUGUCUUAUAUUACACCAAAGAACUCUAUUGUAAUGUUUUGUAUUUAGACUUUUUUUUUUACUUUUGCAUUGUAAGGUAUUAUACAGUAUCAUAUAAAUGCAAUGUGUGUAUAGAGUGUAUGAUAACGUCAAAGACAGCUUUGACAGGGAGGUGUGUGUGCUGUUGAUGUGCUGGCAGCGGUGUUGUUGCCUCUCCCAGCAUCGUCAGCUGUUUGCAAGUGUUUAGGUCAGGUGUUCGGUAACGUCACAGCUGCCCCGUAAGGUGACACCUGUGAACCACAGCUGCGUCUCACAGCUUACAACACCACAAUACCACUAAGUCUUGGCAACUUAGAUUCGCCGAGUGUGAUGUUUUUAUUCAACAAACCGCAUGUGACUUCAACAUCAAUGUUCAUGAUUCACUCUCACAAUCUUCCCUUACCAAGCCUUAUAAUAUGGUUAAAAUCAUGACGAUAAUGGACAUGAUGGUACACGGUGACGGAGCUGCAGCAGCUCCGUCACCGUGUACCAGCCUUCACUAUCCCCAAGCCUGACGGUGACUCUCGACGGUGACCCCUGCAGCUGUCGCCUAUAACCCCCCUCAGUAUAAUCCUAGAAUACCUGUGCACUGUACUAGUCUACCCGAGUGUCAGAAGGUCACGUAUAGUUAGGUGGCCCCUUCGUCGCCUCGUGAGGAGUGUUAAUAAGCCACACAGGUGACCCGGUAACUUUAGGUCACCUUCAGUAAGUUGAAGGUGACGGGAAAUUACAAUUUAAUUUACAAUUAGCGCACGGCUAACAUCACCCCCACCCCCUCUCCUACCCCCCUACCAACACCCCCCCAACAGUAGUGAUUAAGUGCACUAGGCAUAAUGCCUUUUAUAUAAUAUACAUAUACACAAACACAUACACACACCCACACUUAUAUAUAUCUAUACACGUGUGUGUGGGUGUAUACCGAAUGAGGGCAAAGAUGUGGCAGUCUUAUGUAUACUUAUGACUGUACUACCAUUAGACUGGUCAAACGUCGCAAGUGAUAACACCAUUAGCUCCUAUGGACGGUAACACAAUAUAUGCACUGUUGCCAAAGAGGGGUCCAGGUUUUGUACUUGUAGAGGGCCCGAAAAAGAUGGUAACAACCAAACCUAUCAUUUCCUAGGCCUCAUUAUUUAGGCCUAGGACAGCAGGUUCAUGGUUAGUUUAUUUCACUUUUGAAAUUCUAAAGGGUAAUACAAUAGUACAAAACUAACUUGUUCAAGGUACAACAGUACAUAAUACAGGAACGUAGCAUCAUAAGAAUUAUGGAGACUGCAGAAGGCCUAUAUUGACCCGUAAAAGGCAGUUCUUAUUUAUAUCCAAUCAAACUCAUUCAUAUAUAUGUCUAAUGAACUAAUCAGAUGAUACUAUGUCAACGUAGGAUUACCUACGUCAAUUAUAACAAUAAUUGUUAUAACUGACGAUAAUCUGUUCCACAAACUUUGUAUAUUCCAUCCAGAGCACUUGGAUUGGUUGGUACAGCGACGGCCUUGCUUCAUGCAGGUCGGCGUUUGAUCCCCGAUACUCCAAGUAGCUGGACACCGUUCAUUCCCUCCAUCCUAUCACAGCUCCUUGGCCUCCUAUCCCUUCCAAGAGCGAUAUAAUCGUAAAGGCUAAGCGCUUUCUCCUGAUAAUUACCACCCAUAGCAGCUAUAUGUUCUAUCACUUCUAGAUGAUGGGUUGAACCAUUCACCCCAACCACUGCUGAUAACGUAUAACGGCUCGUUGUCAAAACCCACCAAUUAUUUGACCCUUAAACGUGAAUGAGUUUUAAUGCUUUAUUUAAACACUGUUUUACAAAUUUCUCGUUAGGUGUUGCACUUUAAAUCAACUAUGUUUAUUAAACAAAUACGAAGUUAUGCUUUUGUAUAUAUAUCCUUUAUCUGUUUGAGGACUCUGUUGGUUAUAAUGUAAAUAUCUAAAGUUAGGAGCCACACCUCACGAGGCGUUAGUCUCUCAUUAGUAUAUCAUGUCUUGUAAUAAAAGGUCUUUUUUAA